CUUAACGAUGACUAUCCUGUCUGCUGCAAUCUGUACAAAAUCUGGAACACCUUUGAUCUCACGUCAAUACAAGCAAUUGACGAGAACUAGAGUUGAAGGGUUACUCAAUACAUUCCCAAAGUUGAUCCCAACAAACAGUCAAAAUACCACGGUCGAAACUGAGGCUAUAAGAUUCUUAUAUCAACCAAUCAAUGACCUUUAUCUCGUUUUGAUCACCAACAAAGGUUCUAACAUUCUACAAGAUAUUGAGACUUUAAACUUAUUUAACAGAAUUACUAUUGACAUAAUCAAACAAUUUGAUCAAGAGAUUAUUUUGAAUCACGCGUUUGAUUUAUUAAUUGCAUGGGAUGAGAUUAUUGAAUUAGGAUAUAGAGAUAAUAACAACUUCAAUCAAAUAAAAUUGUUGUUAGAAAUGGAUUCACAUGAGGAGAAAAUACAAGAGAUUAUCGCCAAGAACAAAGAAAUGGAAGCUAAGGAGGAAUUGAAGAGAAGAGCAAGGCAGUUAGAACUUCAACGUAGGGAAGCAGCAAGAGUUGGCCAAUCUACUGGUUUAUCUAUGGGUAAAUAUUCAUCAUCCUCUGAAAUCAAUAUGUCAUCUACGCCUUCAAUUGAGCAAACGUCUCCUAUCCAACAACAACAACCAAGUCAAUCACGAUCACAAUCUCAUUCAUUCAAAGGUACUGGUAUGAAAUUAGGUGGAAAGAAAAAGAAUACAUUAGACGUCACUGACUGAUUGAUAUGUAUAUAUAUAUAUACCUAAAAUUACACUGCUUAACAUACACAACUAUCUUUAUUUUUAGUCAAAUUUUCAUCGUCAACUCUGAUUGAAUUAGACUGUGUUGACUUAUUGUUCAACUUGUCUUUGGCUUGUUGAAUUGGCAACAACUGACCAAUUUUCAAGAAGAGUUCGUUUAUACCUGCCCCGGAUUUGGCUGAACAGGUGGCGUGAUAAGAGACAUCCAAUUCUUCACACAGUUUCUCGACAUCAGAGUUUGCAACCUGCUUGGUGUUAUCAGGUAUAUCAGAUUUGUUACCUGCUAAGAUGAUAAUUGUGUUACUGUCUGCUUGUCUUUUGAGUUCCUCGAUCCAUUUGACUGCCCUGUCGAGACUGUCCUUGGAACCGACAGAGUAGACAACCAAAGCAGCGUGGGCGUACCUAUAAUACAUUGGUGCCAGUGACUUAUACCUCUCCUGACCGGCAGUAUCCCUUACAAUGAAUGAGAUAACAGGGGGAGUGAGAACAAAAACCUACCAGAUUUCAAACUUAAUAAGAUCUUCAGCUAUUUUCAUCUGUUGUGUUAAGAAAGCAGCGCCUAUAGUCGACUCUCUAUCCUCUGCGAACUGCUGCUUCACGAAACGUAGCACGCUGUACUGGAUGAGAUAGGAGGACUUUCC